AUGCCACCCAAGGGCAAGGGCUCUGGCGGCAAGGAUGGCCCUAAGCAAGGUGUCGGCGGUGGAAAGGACCUUAGCUUCUUCCAGGAAGCGUUUAUCAAGUACAAAAAGAAUCGUGAUGCAUUCACGAAAAAGAAUGGUCUACGUGCUGAAUUGGAACGGUUAAGUAUCGAGGGCAGCCAUCAAGCUGGCCGGCUUGCUCGUCUUUGCCACGCGCGUAUUUUGUACGAGGGACCGGGCUCCUUCAGGGAAACCAGGCAGGACCGGAAUGAUGCAAAAGGCCGCCUGGAGCCGCUGCUGUGCUCACCGCCUCGGAGUUUGGCUGCACUGUGCCUGCUCACUGCGUGGUACCGCAAGGCGGCCGCAAACGCGUCCGAAACAUGGGUCACGGCCGACGAUGCAAUCCGGGAGUUGCACGUUAAAUAUGACGUGAUAGAAAACUUUGACGAGGAUGAGUGGGCUGACCCCGCGGAGGAGGCCAUCAACACUACCAACAGGGAGAAGUUUGAGGACUUUAAGGACGGCAAGACGAAGUCGGAACGCGUGGGGCACUUGUUAGAGUACCUCAAGAAAUCGAGACAGAAAUGUGCCCAGGAGGCAGAGAAGCAGCGACAGUCUGACGCGCAGCAGCAGCAGCACAAGAGAGAGGGUUUACAACCUAUGGAUUCGGCUGCACAAGUACCCGGGCUGCAGGAGCCCGUGGAGGGUCAGGUUCAGGAGGCGGUGCAGACCUUAGACGUGGUACGCGUGCAGCAGGAUCUACAGCGCGAACGCGAUGCUGCUUUCGAGGUUGAAAAGAACAGGGAUAAGGAGGUUGCUCGCACAAUGGACGCCUUCAGAGAGAAGCUGAAAGCAGCGGGGCCCGAGGGCUCGCCGGAACGACUACGGGCGCUGUGCGAGCUGGUCUCCGUCGACGCACAGGCGUUCGAGAAGUUGAUAGGGGAAAUCUUGGACAAGUGGCUGACUGAGAUUGGCGCGCAACCGCUGGUGAAGAACGUGUACAUGCAGCAGCUUGCGACACAUAUGGCCCGCUUCCGAGCGACAGGCCGCGUUAUCCGCCUGCGGCAACCCGACUUGCUGGAUUUGCUGAACAAGUCCUACAGCGCAGCCCUUUCCGAGUCGAGCUCUGCAGCCGCCGCUACCGCCGCCGCCACAGCAGCGAUAUCCGGGUCUGCUGGCAAUAAGGACGAUAAGGGGGACGCUGCUGGCGCCGGCGGCGGGGGCAGCAGCAGCAGCAAUCCCGGCAAGGCGAAUGCCAGCCGGAAGAGCGGUAAUAAGGCGGGUUCCAAGGACCAGGAAACCAAGCUGGUUGUACCGGCCGUCGACGUUGACGUCGACGAGUCCCCCAUUGAGGUUUUGGAGUUGGUGGAGUGGUUUACCAAGACCCUGGAGGGACUUGGACCCGCGCUGCGCAAAAAGCUGAUCGAUGAAGCGAUCGAGGAGCUGGCUGGCGUCAAGUAUACAGCUCGGUUCACGCAUGAUUCGGAAGUCUCGUGGCUGAAAAAGCCCAUGCACGCCGCCUCAAAGCUUGCUGACAUGUUUCGUUUUUUCCCGCGGAAGGACGACAUCAUCCCGAACCUGGAAAGCAGCCCGUCAUCGCCGAUUGUAACCCGGGCGCUGCUUGGGGAGGUGCUGCUUCCGGAGGCGCUGCCGCCAUCACAGGAGAUAGCAGUGUCUAUGGAUAAUAAGAGGAUCAUCGACGAGGUCACCAGGUCGCGGAUUGCCUUCGCCAGCCGGCUUGCACAACUGCCGGUGCUGCAACGGCAUGAAGUUGUCGCAUCAAUCGCAAACAGCAUCGCAGUCAUGGCGACGAUUACUGACGAGCCUGUGGGCGAUAACUUGGACGACGGUGACUACAGAUUCCUGGUCCUACCGAGGCAGGUGUUCAGUAUUCCGAGCGACCCGCAGCUGGUCCUCGAGGCCCUGGGCGACCCAAUGGUUGUGCUGGAUGGCUACGCGCACCUGCUGCGGUGGAGGAAAGUGCUGCCCUUUACGGACCCCCCUCCGGACAUGAGUGCUUGGGACAUCACCGACAGGCGGAUGGCGAUGCUGUGCAACUUCGGGCUGCUCUACAGGGAUUACAACAGCAACGAGUUCAUCCGCCUGGCUAUGUGCCUGCACGAGAGCACCAAGGAGGCGCACAUUGAGUUACUCCGGAAGCUGUACGGCGAGCUCCCGACGGUGCUUUCGGAGCGCCUGAAGCGGCGGAGGGCGGCAGCUGCUAAGGCGGCGGCAACGGAGAACACCAAGCAGCUGCCUAACGGCAACCGCGCAGCAGCAAAUGGUGCCAACGGGUGCACGGAGGUUGACGGCGAGGAGUCCAUAGCGAACGGUGGCACUGGCGAAGAUGCGGUUCCCGACGAUGAUGAUCUCUUGGGGCCCUUCUUUGACUUUGACAUUCGGUCGGACCUGCCGGCUGCGGAGCGCACCGCCAUCGACGCGCGUUGGCGCGAGGACAUCGUUGAUGCGGUGGAUGCACUGCAGGAAGGCGGCUGCGGUCUUGGCCGGCGUCUGUCCAUCACCAUCUGCCUGUACAUCGCAGAGGCUCUGGGCGUCGAGUGCACGGAGGUGUCCUUGGCGAAGGAGUCUUUGAGGGCCUGUCUUGACCGGCUGGACACGGAGCGGCUGCUGUAUCUGCGCCUGUUCCUGCUGACCAACGUGGGCAUCCGGGCGGAGGCAACGCUGACGGGGAUGAAGCACCGGUUCAAUGAGUUUCAGCGGAUAGCCAGGGAUGAGCUGUGGUGUCUGGAGGUUGCUCCAGGGGAAGGCAACAAAGGCGAGGUGGUGCGGCUCGCCGCAAGUGCAUACAAUCAGCUCUGGUCAUUGGAGGCUUUUGCGCGGAGGAAACGGCUCCAGAGGCUCAGAAUCCUGCACGCCAUGAACCGGAUGAUAAAGGAAAGUAAGGCUUGUGGCGGGGCCGGAGGGCCGGCUGCCGCGCCGCAAGUUGCAGCUGGCGGCAGCAAGAAGAAAGGCAAAGGAAGCGGCCUGGCAGCAGCAGCAGCAGCGGCAGCGGCGGCGGCGGCGGCGGCGGGGCCCGGCGAAGUGGGCAUUACGACCUUGCCGCCGCUACCACCGGGAGUACCGGAGCUUGAAGUGGCGGACGCGUCCGAGCUCUUUGACCACCUACAUCCCAAGGAUUGGGACUCCGAGGCCAAGCUGUGCCUGCUGAUAUACUGCAACGGUUUUGUGUGCAACCGGGAGAUAGUGGAGCUUCUGAAUGAGGUCUUGGACAGUACUUUCCUCGAAACCAUCACUGAGGACACAGCCGACAAGCUUGUCGUGCAGGCGCUCGUCAACCAAACCUACGACAGAUGGCCCCAGUCCGCAGCGCCGCCUACGUUCACCGUGGUCGAGGCUAUCGAGGACCUCACGCGCGCCUCAGUACUGGAGGACGUGCGGCAGGAGGCGUUGCAGGGCCUGCAGCAACAGCUUGAUUCCCUGGGCUGCGCCUGUCUGAUGCAUGUCUUCAGGUGCAGUGGGGAACACGAGUGGCGCGAGUUUACGGAGGAGCUGCGGCCGCGCGUCAGCGAGUGGCUGUUCGACCUGCUGGAUAAGGUCCAGAUAGAGGCUGGCGAGCGGCUGAAGUUGGCUGACAGCAUGUCACGCAUCGACGUGGCGAGGAAGGCGCUCACGACCCAUGCAUUUGAGUUGCAAUCGCGGGCCAUCCGCUUCUCAGUGUUGCAUCACGCCGCGCGCUUGAAGACGACCAAGGCACUCGAGGCAAAGCUGAAGAAUUUGAAGGGUGUUCCGGCGACGGCUCAGUCGCAGUCGCAGUCGCAGGGCGGCAAGGCGGUUGGCAAGCAGAAGGCUCGGCAGGCCGAGGCAGCACAGGGCGAUGCGAAGGGGACGAAGUGCAACGUGGACGUGGAGGUCGAGCUCACGAACAUGCAAAACGAGAAGAACUUCCUGGAGAAGAUGUUUCAGAACGCCAACGCAGAAGCAGACGCUGUCCUGGCACUGACAGCGGAAUUCAAGGAGUUCGGCCACAGACCUGGGAUGCGCACUUGCCAGUACGACGAGAACCCGCAGAGCGCUGCUCAGAUGGUCUUGGCGGGGCUGCAGGCGGCGCAGCACCUGGCCUUCAAUAUCGUAGUCUUGGAGAUGGUCAUCGAGGAGGUGCAGGUGCAAGCGCGCGUUGCCAUGUCUCGCGCAAUCACCAACCAGCCCAUUCUGGAAGCGGGCAUCAUCGGCUCUUCCCUUCCACAGAAGUGUAUCAAGCAAAUGCUUCAGGACAAAGUGCUCCAGUUAACUGAGUCCUUUCUGCUGGAGGCGGAGGCGCAGGCGAAGCAGGGCAAGGAAGCUAAGGGGGCCAAGGAUCGGGAGCGGAAGCAGGUUGAGCAGAGGAAACGCCAGGAAGAGCGCAGGAAGGAGGAGGAAGCGGCAGCACGGAAGCGCGAGGAGGAGGAGGCGGCAGCGCGCCAGCAGCAGCAGGACCGCGAAGCGCAGGAGGCGCGAGAGCGCGAGGAGGAGCGAGAACGGAAAGAGCGCGAGGAGAGGGCGGAGGAGCGGGGACGGGCAUCCCUGCAAAAGGCAGAGGAGAAGAAGCCGCCCUCCAGGGUGAGCACCCUCAUGAUGGAGGACUUUUCAUUCAAAAUUGACGUCGAGCGGCUGGAUGAUGAGGAUGAGGAUGAGGAAGGAGCUGAAGCGGCGGCAGCUGCUGCCUCGGGACCAGCUCGGACUGGCAGCAAGGACACGGGCGGCAGGGACAGGGACCGGGACAGGGGCGGACAGGGCCCUCACCAGACCCCGGGAGGCAAGGGCGACCGAGGCGGGCAGUCCGGAACCCACCAGCAGCAGCAGGCGCAGCAGACGCAGACGCAGCAGACGCAAGGCGGAAGAAGUACGCCAGCUGGAAAGGGCGGCGGUGGCGGCGGCGGCGGUGGAUCUGGGGGUGGUGGCGGAAGUGGGAGGGCAGGUCCGCCAGGCUCGGCCCAACAAAACAGGAUGGUGCCCGGGUUCGACCCCGAGGCCGUUAGCGGCCCGCCGUCCAGGCCGGGGGGGCGGAGAGGCCGGAGGGGAGGAGCCGCCGCUGCCGCCGCCGCCGCUGCCGCCGCAGCAGCCGCUGGUGGUGGUACUGGGCGCGGCCUCGGCGGCACGGCUGCCAUGGCUGCCGAGGCCGCGACGUCCGCCGAGCAGCUCCCAGCAGCCUCCCGCUGGGUGGAGGGCAUGAUGGACGAUACGGAGGACGGCGAGCGCCCUCACCCUCCGGCGGCAGCGGGGGCCGAGGAUGUGGCCAUGGUGGAUCUCACAGAGCCGGAGUCCGGGCCGGAGCCCGCUCCUGCGGACGCGUUUGAGGUCAAUAUGGCCAAGUACCCACUGGUGCACCCGUACCCCUUUGCGGCUCCGGAAGGCUGGAUAGUGCACGAGGGGUACCUGUUCCCGGCCGACAUUGACCCGGAGAAAUUGGAGGAGUCGGCGCGGGAGAAGGAGGGCUUCACGGACGAGGUCUCCGUGGCGAAGCACCGGCGAGUGUUCUUCGCCUACUUGGCGGAAAGCCUGUAUUCGCAAGAAGAUCGGCCUAAGCCGGUGGUGCCGCCUGAAGCGUUCAAGGGGUACAUGCCGCAAGGGCCUCAGCCGCCGCCGUACACAGUGCCGUACGCAAUGCCCAUAGCCGUACACAGUGAGUAUCAGCCGUCGUCUACCUGUGAGGUCGGGGCGCCUGGGGCCGCUGGCACGCCGCAAUUAGUGUACGGCGCCGGGCCGCCCGUUUUUGGACCUGGAGGUCCGCAGGGUCCGUGGCCACUGCCGCCGCCGUUCCCCGGUGGGCCGCCGCCGCUACCUCCAAUUCCGCAGUUUGCCCCGCAGGGUGUGCGCCCACCGGGGAUGCCACCACGGCUCUUCCCCGGUGGGCCGCCGCCCAUGUUCCCAUACAACAUGCCGCAACCGUUGCGGCCGCCGAUGGCGCCCAUGCCGACACCGCCCGAGCCGCGGGCCGAGUCGGACAACGAGGAUCAGGGGGAUACGGACGACCUGCUUGGUUUGCUGGGAGUGUCUCAAGCGCCGCGACCAGUGGCUCCGGCAGCGGCAGCGACGAUGCCGCCGCUACCGAUACCAGCUUACCCGCCCUUCGCUCCGGGCAUGCCCGCGUACGGUGGCUAUCCGGCGCCAUUGCCACCCUAUGGCGUGCCGCCGCCGCCGGGGAUGUACGGCAUGCCACCGCCGGCAGUGGCGCCAUCCCCAACUCCGCCACCUUCAUCGGAGGCAGAGACGAAUAUGGGCGAGGAGCUGCCUCCGCCGCCUGCUGCAGCGCCGUACACGCCACAGGUGCCGCUGCCGCCCAAGGUUAUGGCGGUAGCUGCGGCUGGGCCCCCUGUGCUGUCCUGGGCAGAGCGCGCGCGAGCUGCCGGGGGCGCUGUCAAGGCUGCUCCGCCUCUUGGACGGCCAGCCUCUCGCCCGCCCGAGGGCCAGGACCAGGUCGAUGACGAGGUGCCCGACUCGGAGGAAAUGCAGCUGCGGGCGGCCAUGCACGAGUCCAUGCGGGACAACAUGAACGUGGCAUUCCCGCCGCUGGCGGCCUCCGCCGCGGAGGCGGCCGGGUCGGCAAGUGGACGUCUGGCCGCGGCUGUGACACACCCCCCGUCGUCGUCUGCGAGCACGGCUCAGGAGCUGGAUCUGGUCCCUGGCAGUGCCGUCGGCACGGGGCUUGUCAAUCGCGUUGGGGAGUACAAUUGCUUCCUUAAUGUCAUCAUCCAGUGUCUUUGGCACUGCGCGGCUUUCCGGCAACAGCUGCAGACACGUAACCCCUCCGACUUCGACGCGGAUCACCCCGUGGUGGCGGCGCUGCUGCGGCUCUUCCGCGCGCUGGACGCGGCGGACUCGUUGCGGGAGCAGCAGCGGCAGCAACUAGCGCGCAACAGUGAGGUGGCGGUCGAGCGCCACACGGUGGAUCCUUCAGAACUGCGCGAGGCUCUGGACGCGCUUGGCGUCCGCGCGGGCGAGAUGAACGACGCGUCGGAGGUUAUGGGCGCGCUGUUUGAGUCGCUGAACCGCGCUCCCGGGCUGUCCGGUGCGAACGACGGCAGUCCCGGCUCGCUGUCGGUGGUGGACCGCACCUUUGGGCUGCUGCUGUCGGAGGAGGUUCGUUGCACGGUAUCCACUUGCCGCCGCAUCACGCACGUGGUGCCGCAACACGUGGAGUACUUCAUCAUCAUCACGGCCACGGGCCUGCGGGACAUGCGCGCCUUCAUUGACGUUGGUCCCUCGGACCACUUGACGAUGGGCCGCAUCAUCAACGAAAUCGAAUCCCAGAACAUCAAGCGCUGCGACAACGACCCGCCGCACCACGGCUGCAACACGCCCACCCGUGUCACGAAAACGCUGCACAACCUGCCUGCCGUCUUCACCGUCCAGCUCGCCUGGGAGCCCGAUGUGCCCGGCGACGCCAUUGCGGGAACGCUGGCCCUCGUGGACACGGUGCUCGACCCCGAGGAGAUAUUCGCCGGCGGCAACUGCCCCCCGGGCGGCAACAUGCCGGCCUACACGCUGCACGGCAUGUUUUGCUACUACGGCCAGCACUACUUUGCCUUCAUCAACCGAGGCCCUGUGGAGCCCGAGUCGGCGCAGGAGUGGGUGAUGUUUGACGACGCGACUGUGGUUGCGGUUGGAAAUUGGUCACAGGUCAUCGCCAAGUGCCGCGCGGGCCGCAUCCAGCCGUCGGUGCUGUUCUAUCAACGGGCAGUAUCGCCAGCAAGGGCGUAG